AUCGAAGGCCUCAUUACUCCAAGACACAGGUCAGUGGAGAGACAUGGCUUUGGGAGGAGGAGUUGUGCUGCUGGCCUUCGUCGUGGCCUUGUGCCUGAGCGCCACCGGGGCGGAACCACAGCUCGAAGUCGGGUUCUACUCCUACAGCUGCCCUGCAGCUGAGCUCCUUGUGAAGGAGGAGGUUGAGAAGGCUCUCCAGGACGACCCUGGCGUCGGCGCCGACCUCCUCAGGAUGCACUUCCAUGACUGCUUCGUGAGGGGCUGUGAUGGUUCGAUUCUUCUUAAUUCGACGAAGGGCAACACUGCGGAGAAGGAUGCACGAGUCAACACGGACCUUGAAGGAUUUGAUGUCAUCGACACCAUCAAGGAAAAGUUGGAAGCUGCCUGCAAAGGAGUUGUCUCGUGCGCAGACAUUCUUGCAUUCGCCUCCAGAGACAGUAUCGUCCAUUACGGAGGAGUUCCCUACAAAGUCCCUUCAGGAAGAAGAGAUGGAAGGGUGUCCAUUGCAGCCGACACCAGCAUUCUCCCUUCCCCAAAAUUAGGCCUCUCCGAGCUUACCAAGUUAUUUAUCUCGAAAGGAUUGAGCCAAAAUGACAUGAUCACUCUCUCGGGAGCGCACACUGUCGGGAUUGCGCACUGCGACGCCUUCUCCAACAGGCUGUACAACGGAGACGCGACGCUGGACCAGAACUACGCAGCCUACCUGAAGACGCAGUGCCCGCCAGGGAGCAACAACACGGUGUCGAUGGAUCCCAAAACCCCUCGCAAGUUCGACAACCUUUACUACCGCUUAAUCCUGAAGAACCAAGCGCUGUUCACCUCCGACCAGACCCUGGUCUCGACGCAGGGCACGGCGACGCAGGUGAAGCGGCUCGCCGAGAGCUACAAGCGCUUCCAGAAGAAGUUCGCAGAUGCGAUAGUGAAGAUGGGGGCGAUCGAAGUCCUCACGGGGAGCGAGGGAGAGAUACGCGCCGAUUGCAAAGUGGUCAACUGAGGAGUGCACUUAGCUCGACUUACCUCCACAUGGAAUCUACAUCGGAAUUCCUUGUGGCCAUUGUAUACUUUGAUUUGUUGGAGAUUUCCUGUACCGUUUCAGGUGAUCUUUCUUAGGUUGUUCAAAUCUGUGUGGCAUUGUUGAAUAAGGGUGUCUAAUACACGUCUUGGAGAUCAUUUGAUUUGUUGAAUGUUAUAAAAUUGUGGGUACUUGUCUAC